ACACCGACCCUAAACAAACCAGUGAUAUGCGACAUGACAGCACAUAAUAGCUUUCAUCAGUCUAGAAGUGGUUUCAGUGGUGUGACAAGAGCAUCAAACUUUUUAAGUCCCCUUACAAAGGAACCGUCCGCCUGGUAGACAGAUCUUAUGUAAAGCGAUAACGUCUUCGUCCAAUAGAGUGGCGCCUCUUGUAUAUUUCGUGUGACGACAGCGAGUAAAUCUACCAAGAGAACCACACGAUUAAAAUGGCGUUCUACCAAACUCUGAUGAAAAUCGGAAUAGGUUGUUCUGGAGAAAGUUGCUAUUUCCGGUGAACACUCGGGAUAUUGAACUUAGGUAGCUCUUCAUGAUGUGGAAUACUGAAGAAAAGAAGAUGGACCCCAAGGAGAUAGACACUUUUAAAAAAUCGUUGACCGACUUCGGUAACGAAACAACCAUCCAUGGACUUCAGUACAUCGUUAAUAAAACCAACUUCAUUUAUCGACUCUGUUGGUUUGUCAUUUUCUGUAUCUUUGCAGUCAUCUUCUUAAUUCAGGGAAAUCUCAUCCUUCAGGACUUCUUGACCUGGCCGUACUCGACGAAGAUCGACAUCGUUGGACGGCCCAAUCUGGCAUUCCCUGCAGUGACCCUGUGUAAUGAAAACAUGAUGCGACGGUCGAAGAUUGGAGGUACUAGGUUCCAAUCCCUCAUCGAUAUUGAUGGCGGGGUGGAAGGUUCGGACUAUGAUUACUCUUGGUUCUUUUCGUCAGUAUAUGCAAAUUAUGGAUGGGGGUCAUCAUCAUCGGAUUAUAAUCCGUCAUCUGAAGCGUCAUCUUAUGGUCAGUCAUCAUCUUCAGGAGGGUCAUCUAAUGGUCAGUCAUCUUCAGGAGGGUCAUCUGGAGGGUCAUCUUAUGGUCAUUCAAUCUCAAGGCGGUCAUCUGGUCAGUUAUCAUCUUCAGGAGGGUCAUCUAAUGAUCAGUCAUCGUCUUCAGGAGGAUCAUCAGCAGGGUCAUCUGAUGGUCAGUCAUCGUCCUCAGAAGGGUCAUCAGCGGGGUCAUCUGAUGGUCAGUCAUCGUCUUCAGGAGGAUCAUCAGCAGGGUCAUCUGAUGGUCAGUCAUCGUCCUCAGAAGGGUCAUCAGCGGGGUCAUCUGAUGGUCAGUCAUCGUCUUCAGGAGGAUCAUCAGCAGGGUCAUCUGAUGGUCAGUCAUCGUCUUCAGGAGGAUCAUCAGGAGGGUCAUCUGAUGGCCAGAGCUCAUCCAGUUAUGGCGGCAGACAAUAUCCAGGGCCAGGAUUUUCAUCUUCCUACAACGCGUUCCCACCACCUAAUUGGGGGGAAACGUGGUCCUGGUACAACCCAUCAGACUAUUUUGAUUUUGAAUUUUCUGAUAACAACUGGGACGGGGUGACUAGUAGUGAAGAUUGGUCUGGCUUCUAUGAAGAAUCAAAGGCGGACGACUACAGUGACUUCUUUGACGUCAUCAACCCGACAAAGGAAGAGCUGAUAGAGUAUGGCCACCAGAUAGAAGAUUUCAUCGUACAGUGUACUUUUGAUCGCCGCCCAUGUAAUAUAAGCCGAGAUUUCCGCGUAUGGCAGAAUCGUUACUAUGGAAACUGCUUCACCUUCAACUCUGGGAUCUCUCCUGAUGCAGAGGUAAUCCACACAGGCAAAACAGGAGGGCUUCAUGGUUUACAUCUGACGCUCUUUGUGGAGCAACCAGAAUAUUUAGGUAUUCUGUCUCAUCAAACGGGGGCUAAGGUCGCCAUUCACCAUCCUACUGAGAAACCGUUUCCGGAAGACAUUGCUUUGUCUGCGCCCACUGGACAUUCAACGUCAAUUGGAAUGCGACAGGAAUUCAUCAAACGGUUAAGUGGCUACUACUCGAACUGUACCUACGACGGGACAAAUACCAACUUUACGUCCACCAACGGCUUUAAGUAUUCCCCAGCGGCAUGUAAGAAGAUGUGUUACCAGCUCCAUCUCGACAACUUAUGCGGGUGCGUAGAUGACCAGCUUCUUGACGGACACACGCAUUGUGAUAUACUCAACAGAACUCAACAGGUCUGUCGAAAAAUUGUAGAAGAGUUGUACUUGGAUGACAAGUUGGGAUGUAGCUGUCCUUCUCCUUGCGAAGAAUUCAAAUACUUAAGGACUCCAUCAUCGUCCAUUUGGCCUUCUGAACGCUACGAGGAACAUAUAUUCCGCCGGCUGAAUAUAACAAAUAAUGAAAUCCUCACACAUAUACUUCAGAGCAAUGAUUUGAGCAGAAAAAAUAUCCUUCGCUUGAAGAUCUUUUAUGAAGACUUGAACUACGAAGUAGUUGAAAUGGUCCCUGUGUACACAAUCCCGAGUGUUCUUGGUAGUGUCGGUGGUCUAAUGGGUCUCUACAUCGGAAUGUCUUUCAUCAGUGUCUUUGAAGUCCUCUUUCUAGUACUCCGAGUAAUUAAGAUUGGUAUCAUCAGAAUCCAUUCUCGUUUUAACCGAGUCCAGCCACACACAGUUAAAAAUCUUUAGUGAAGGGGGAAUUGCGCACGCCUAAAAACGUUGAGAGAUCAUGAGAGUUAGUAAAAAAAUUGAUGUGUACCUAACACAAUUAUACCCAUUACCCAAUAGCAAGUGAGAAAACCAUUGCAUAUCAUACAUCGAUUUUCUUGUGAGUUAUAAUAUAGGGAAUAUGACAUUUUCGCUAUCACUACGCAGUCGCUUUCUAUAUAACACAGAGAAUCUUUUGUCAAAAGCCCUGCAAUGACAAAAGAGCCUUUGUCGAAAAUCGGUAAAUCAAAACAGCAGUGUCAUCUUGGACUCUGGACGAACGACAUAUUUUGAGUUUCAUCAACUUUCGACACAAACCUCUCCGCUGUCCAUUGUGAUUUGAUUUACAUUUUAAAAGGUAUUGGUGUGCGCUGUAUUGGUAAAGGUGUGCGCUGUAUAGAAAGAGUCUGCGAAGGUAUUGCAAAAAUACGCUAUUGAAGGCUUUGAACAUAAAAAUGUAGCACUCCGUCCUUGUUUAAAAAUCCAGAUUGGAUUUAAAAUUUAAUCUAUAAUCCAUCAAUCCGAUUUACUCAACCCCUUAUCAUUUUUAUUACUGAUAUAAGCCUAUACUGGGUUCGAACUAACCCAUUGUGUAUUAAAAGUAAAUCUUGUCAAUUUUGUGGCAUAUACUGCAAAAGCCUUUGUCGUAUGUGUCAUUGUUAAGGAGGUGAUAACUUGGGAGAUAUUUGACGACCAUCCCAGAUCCAAUAUUUUUUCACUGUAAAUUCAAUAAAAUUUUGAAAAUAAUUUUAAGCUUUAACGAAACUUUUUUUUUUAAAACUUUUGGUGUUACAAGAAGGUAGGUAUAUCAAAUUGCUAUUCAUUUGUAUAUUGAAUGAUUUCUUUUUAUGACUACACUAUCUCUUUCUUUCUAUUUCUUUAUCUCCCUCUCCUAACUCGCAUUCUACGCCCGUUCAUCUUCUGCAACACUUUUAAUACUUUUAAUCAACAAGUUUUCUUUGUCAUCCUUACUAUUUCAUUUUCCUGAAAUGACCAUUUUACCAUUUUCUCUUUUCCUAUUUCUUUAUUAUCCGUCCAUAUUUCCUGAUCUUUCUAUAUCAUCCGCUAUUAAUUUUGUUUUUAAAUUUUAUCGCUAGAAUUAAUUUUGACAAUUUUUAAGGAUUUUUCAUGUAAAAUUUAGUUUUUAAAGAAUUGUUUAAUCAUGACUUUAUUCAAGUUCAAGACAAUGAUAAUGUAGCAAACAUAAGGUCCAUCGUUUCAUGUCGAACGGAUGACAGGUCGAAAAAUGUUUACAUGGAUUACAGAACAAAACAGUUAAAAAUGAAUUAAAUCACAGACCAAUAAGUACCUGUAAUAUUGUAAAUGCUGGAAACUGAUUAAUUAAAGCCGCUAUUGAAAUCAUAUUGAAAAAUGCUUGACUAAUAUUUUCUAAAUUAGACGAGUAAUACCUAUCACGCUUACAAUGAUAUGUAUUUUAUUUCAAGAUUGGUUCACAGCAUAAAUUGAAUUGUACACAAAUUUUCCAGAUAAAAUCACAAGAAAACAUAAAUACAUCAAUAAAUCCGAAAUUAUAUCAAAGUAAUAACGUUCUUAGGGGACAUAUACGGGAAAUGAAUUUAUCAUUACAAGUCAUAAUGUAUAAAGAAUAUAAUGCGAAAUAUUCGUAAUAGCGACAAUAAUGAUAUUUCAACUCCUCUACCAGUACGACAAUCGUCAUUUGUUAUCAUGCGGAUACAAUAAAGUCAAGGGCUUGUGUGUUUGUACAGUAUGUUCAUAAACAUGUUCAUGUUAAUUUUAAAUACGAACAUUGUUAUUUACUGAUGAUCAUUUAAUUAUAUGAAUUUAAAUAUAUAUGCAUGUUUGUUUGCAAAGUUUGAUUAUGCAGACUUAAUAUUUUGGCUUGAAGAUAAUACUAGUAUUAUAAUUUAGAUACAACUUUAAGUUUUGUGUAUAUCAUGUAUAUAAGCCUUUGUUAUAUGCCUUAUAUACGCAUUCAUGAAUAUCACAUCCAAGAUUCCAUCGAUAUCUUUUCAUUUUUAUUAUUUCUUUUAACAAAUGGGACCCUCGAAGCGAUUCCUUCGGGUCAUGAGUGGUUUUCAUUAGCAAUUGUUUUUUUUUAAAGCAAGGAAAUGGAACAUCCUUGUUAUAAGCUACCGAAAGUCUUGUAUCUGAAUGGCUAAGGUUAGUUCUGUCGGUGAAAGCCACUAUUGAAAGGGCUUGAAACGAACACCAGUUCAAUAUAAGUUUAUUUCAUUUUUUGUAAUAAUUGCUUCGAUAUAAAAUCUGUUUUUGUUUGAGUUUAAAUUAAUCGACCAUGUCGAAAGUAUUCUGUAAUUUUAGUCAUUUUCAUUUCACCACAUUUCCUCAUUGUUCCACAUCCUUCAUUAUUAUGUUCAUAAUUCUUAUUUUGGCCCCUAAGAAUUGUUUUUGCCUUUUUACAUUGUUUAUGUUGUUGUGUUCAGGUAUCUGCUACGCCUUAUUUCAUUAUUGAAACAUAUGUGUCAGACUUCAUGAGGCAAUGGCUUUGGAAAUUGCCGGGAGGAUAUAACUAUAAAAAUUAGAAGAAAUUCAUUUUAUGCUAGUUUAGGAUGAUUAUGUUUUCAUGCAUUGGUGGCACAAGACCAGGGCAUUCCGCGUGGGGUUGGGGGCGACAUAAGAAUGUCAAAAGGUGAAAUAUAGUCAUUUCCCAUUUUCUUCCGUUUUUCUUAUUAUUGUUUUUUUUUCAGUCACUUGAUUUUUGGUUUUAUUAUUCAUAUACUUUUUCAGCAAUUAGAAAAUUAUGGGGGACUGUGGGCCUGUCUCCCUUGUCCCCCGGCCCCUCAGUGCACGUCUACAUCAUUCGACGUCUACUGAAGAGGGCUAUCGUAAUUAUUAUCAUUUUUGUUACGUUGGACACUCUAUUGUUCCGGUUUUUUAAAUGACGUUCACUUUUUAUUUUGCUUUUCCCAUCACAUAUAUCAUGUCAUUUAUAUUUGUAAAGUAUAUUGUAUUAUUUGACAAAGUUUGGAUGGGAAUAAACUAAUAAAAUCUAUGAUAUUUUUUAAUCUUAA